AACCCUUCUUCUUCGUCUUCGCGCUGUGGAUCUUGAAUAACUCGAACCGGAAUAGUCAGAAACUCUGAAGCCGACUACCGGUCAGGUGUCGUCCGUUUUCAAUUCCACCAUUGAAGUAGUGUACUUCGUUUCUUCUACUUUCCAAAUCCCAUUACGUAUACACAGUUAUGAAUCCUUAUGACCAUAGAUACGCCGAUCCUAAUUCCUACCGCGACCGUCGAAGUGACCUAGUGGGUUUUCAGCCUGCUGCGCCACCGCCAAUAGCAGGGCGUGAAUCCUUGUAUAAAGGCUACCAACCUCCUCCAGCUCCAUACUAUGGUCGUGAAAGAGGUGGUGGAGGUGCUUUACCUAAUGCUGGAGGCGUCAAUGGCCUCCCUCGAUUUCAGCCUCCUGCAGGAUCGUUUAAUAUUGGCCGGGGUGGUGGUGGUGGUUUCGGUAGCAGCGGUGGUGGCAGGAGGACGUUUGAUGCGGAGAGGGGUGGGAGAAGAAUUGGUGGGAGUAUUGGUUUUGGAGGUGGACGUGGUGGAGGGACGGGAUUUGAUGGCCGUGGUGGCGGAAGAGGGGGUGGACGAGGUGGUGGUGGUUCUUCAAGAGGGGAUUUGGAUAACAUUGUCCUUCCGAGUCAGAAUUUUGGCAAUUUGGUGCCUUUUGAAAAGAAUUUCUACACUGAGUGUCCUUCUGUGCGUGCAAUGACGGAGUCUGAAGUUAAGAUUUAUAGAGAGAGACGUGAUAUUAGGGUGGAAGGAUACGAUGUCCCGAGACCGAUUAGGAGUUUUCAGGAGGCGAAUUUUCCUGCUUACUGCCUUGAUGUAAUUGCGAAAUUGGGAUUUGUUGAGCCAACUCCAAUUCAGGCUCAAGGAUGGCCGAUGGCCUUGAAAGGAAGAGAUUUGGUUGGCAUUGCUGAAACUGGCUCUGGGAAGACUCUUGCCUAUCUACUGCCAGCUGUAAUACACAUUAGUGCCCAGCCUCGUUUAUCGCGUGGUGAAGGUCCCAUUGUGUUGGUGUUAGCACCCACUAGAGAAUUAGCUGUUCAAAUUCAGCAAGAGGCUACUAAAUUCGGACUGCAUGCUAAUAUUAGAAGUACUUGCGUUUAUGGUGGGGCUCCAAAAGGGCCUCAAAUUCGUGAUCUCAAAAAUGGUGUUGAGAUUGUUAUUGCUACACCUGGUCGGCUCAUAGAUAUGCUGGAAGCUGGCCACACAAACUUGCGGCGAGUGACUUACCUUGUUUUAGAUGAAGCAGAUAGAAUGCUGGACAUGGGAUUUGAGCCUCAAAUAAGGACAAUCGUUAGCCAAAUCCGACCGGAUAGGCAGACAUUAUAUUGGAGUGCCACAUGGCCAAGGGAGGUUGAGAAAUUGGCUAGACAAUUUUUGCGUAAUGCAUAUAAGGUCAUUAUUGGUUCCCCAGAUCUUAAAGCUAACCAGUCUAUAAACCAAGUUGUUGAAGUUUUGCCAGAGGCUGAGAAAUAUAGAAGGUUAAUAAAAUUGCUCGGAGAAGUAAUGGAUGGUAGUCGUAUUCUGAUUUUUGUGGAAACAAAAAAGGGCUGUGAUAAAGUAACGAGGCAAUUGAGAAUGGAUGGAUGGCCAGCUCUAUCCAUUCACGGUGACAAAAAGCAGGCUGAAAGGGACUUGGUUUUGUCAGAAUUUAAGAGUGGGAGAAACCCAAUAAUGACAGCCACGGAUGUGGCUGCAAGAGGGCUUGAUGUGAAAGAUAUAAAAUGUGUGAUCAACUUUGAUUUCCCAUCAAGCCUCGAGGACUACGUCCACAGGAUAGGCCGAACGGGUCGUGCUGGUGCAAAGGGAACUGCAUUCACAUUCUUUACUCAUGAGAAUGCAAAACACGCUAGAGAUCUUAUAAAGAUACUGCGAGAAGCAGGGCAGAUUGUCACCCCUGCGUUGUCUGCUUUAGCCUCAUCUAGUGGCUUUGGAGGUUCUGGUGCUAAAUUUCGCUCCCAAGGACACAGAGGUGGGUUUGGUAAUCGAACAAUGGUUUCGGGAUCAAAUGCGAUCCCUCUUGGUUUGACGACCAGACCACGCUAGUUCCGGUCAACUCAAAAGGGAGAGGAUAUGCUAGAUAAGUGAUGUUUUUUUUUAAACGUGGACCAUUUUUAUUAAGUAAUAUAGUUGACUUAUUUAUAGAAUAGCAACUCAAGGUGUUGUUUGGCACGAAAAAUGGACAUGUGGGUGUAUAUCUAUCUGUACAUAAAACCAGAAUUCUUGCAGUGACAUUGCUGACAAUGUUAGGAUUAGGUUUGGUGGUUGUAGGGUUGGUGGAGGUGAUGAUGACUGACAUUUGAAUCCUGGAUAUUUAGUAUGAAGUGUACUUGAUGACGAACGCAUAAGCAUGAUUUGGUUGGGAGUGUUGAAAGAAAGAAAUGUGAUUGUCGAUUUACUUUUCGAUUUGAUUUAUA